CCCACCUUCAAAGUGUUUUUCUUCCCUUCCCGUGCCACCUUACUUUCUUACACCCUUCGUCUUCUUCACACAUAAUUCCGCCAAAAUGAUUAUCUACACUGACAUCGUUUCCGGUGACGAGAUCGUCGCCGAUACCUUCAACCUUGUCCCCAACAAGGAUUUCGAUAUCCUUUGGGAGUGUGACUGCCGCAAGUACCUGAAGCGUGCCAACGAGGACUUCCAGCUCGAGGGUGCCAACCCCUCCGCUGAGGACGCCGAGGAGGAGGGUGGCGAGGGUGAGGCCACCAUGGUCCACGAUAUCGAGGACCAGUUCCGUCUGGUCUGGCUCAAGGUUGAGGAUGGUGCCAAGCCCUCCAAGGAGAGCUACAAGACCCACAUCAAGUCUUACCUCAAGAAGCUCCACAAGAACGCCGCCACCAAGUUCGCUCAGGCCGCGGAUCCCGCAGAGGCUGAGAAGGAGUGGAAGACCAAGGCCGCUGGUGCUAUGAAGAAGAUCCUUGCCAACUGGGACAACUACGAUGUCCUCAUGGGCCAGUCCAUGGACGGUGAUGCCAUGCACGUCCUGAUUGACUUCCGCGAGGAUGGUGUUACCCCCUACGCUACCGUCUGGGCUGACGGUCUCAAGGAGAUCAAGGUCUAAGCAACUCUUGUCAUCCCAGAUCAGGCGAUAGUAAAAAUACACGCACCCUAUACGAACAAAUACGUCUUGGAAGAAUUGCGAGUUACAGCUCAGACGCAGCGGCUACUUAUUCCCCUUUCCCGGGCCUGUCUGUUCUAAUAACCCUCUCGCAUUUUUCGUAUCCCGAGUUAGUGAUCCAUUGGAUCAUCAAGAGUUACGCUUCAUGAAAUCAUCUGUCAUGUUAUA